ACGAAGACCCAACGAAGACCCAACGAAGACCCCAAAAUAAAUAAAUAAACAAACAAAUAAUUUUUAAAAAAGAAAGGAAAACAUUGAGGCUUUGGAGAUUGGCAGGGGCUUGACCAUGGGAGAGCUUGUAGGACACAGAAAUGAACAUGGACUUUAUCUGGAGGGCAAUGGGGAGCCAUGGGAGAGUUUAGAGCAUGGGAGAGACCAGAGGAUUGAGAUUUUAGAAAUAUCCCUGGCUGGCAUGUGGUGAUGAACUGAAAGAGUUGUGAACUGGAGGCAGGUCUGUUAUGGGAGAAUGAAAAAAUUCAGACCCUAUGCUGAAUGCCAAUCAGGCAUUCUCUCAUUUAAUUCUCAUACCACCAGCCCUACAAGACGGGUUUCUCAUCAUUACACCCAUUUUACAGAUCUGGAAGCUGGGGCGCAGAGAGCUUAAGUGACUUAUCCGGCAUCACACAGCUUGUCAAUGACAGAGCAAGGAAUCAGGGCUUGAGUAGGCUGCCCAACCAGGCGGCAGACUCACGGUGGGAGAUUUGAGUAUGAGGAGUUGGGGGGUCAUGAGGCUGAUGGCCAGGGCUCUGGCUGAGGGAUGAGGGACAGCUGGAGACCCGGCUAGAAAGGAAGCUCUGACCUGAGAGAAUAAAGCCAGUGCAGGUAGUCUACCAGGUGCUGAGGACUUGGACCACCCACUCCUGCCAGCCCAGCCCUGACCUUGGCACUUCUCCCUCCCCCCAUAUCAAGUCAGUUAGACUCUGAGGACACAUGAACUGAGAACCUGAAGGGUGAGAAAGAGCCGAUCACAGGGAGAAAGGGCAUUCCAGGCUGAGGGAACAGACUGUGCAAAGGCCCUGAGGCAGGACCGGGCCUGGUGUGUUGGAGGCACAGCAAGGAGACCCAUGUGUCUGGAGCAGAGUGAGCUGAGAGGGAGGAUAUCUGAGAGGGAGGAAGAGAGGGAGGAUAUCUGGGAUUUGGGCUCUAAGACCUCAUGGGCAGAAGGUGCCCUGAACAAGUCUGAGUCCCCUGGAAAUCUCGAAAGGGGGGGGAAAUUAGCCCCUUCCUCAGUGGGUCCCUAGGAGGCUUGGGGAGAUGAUGUUGGCAGAAUGUGAGUGUGAGGGCCGGAUCCAAGCCAUGGGGUGGUGGUGGGGCAGCCGCCAGCCCACUUUGUGGCACCUCUGGGCCUUACGAUGUCCAGGAGCUGGGGAUGCUCUAAGCCGUCCAGAAGUUUUUGCGAAGGUUGCCCAGCCCCCCAGGUCAGAGCCCCAGGAAUUCUGUCUUGGUGGGAGGUGUGGGUGAGGGACCAGGAUGUAACAGGAUGAUGUCACAGAGGCCGGGGGCAUCUAGAACUCUGGGGGCUCCUGGUCUCAGCGUCAUCUGCUAGGAAGGCCGCCUGGGUAGGUCAGCUCCUCCUGGGACCAACCUUCAAAGACACAAUGCACGCUGGGCUGCCACCAGGAGCUGUUUCUGUCUAGGGCCACGCAGGUCCCAGCUGCUCUGCCUAACUGCCUAUGAGCCACCCGUUCAAACUCCAUUCACACCCCAGCCAUGGGCCCCCUGGGAGGUCCUGGAGAUGCCUGGAGGCCUCCUGUCCAUGGUCCCCAGCGAGACCUAGCUCCACACCACAGCCAGAGAAGGAGGGGCUGGCCAUGGGGCAGCCCUGGCCAGUCCUGGCCCUGGGGGCAGUCAGGGUCUCACUGAUCCUUCUGGGGCUGCUGGUGCCCACACAGGCGGUGGUGCGAGCCGUGCUGGAUGGUAACUCAAGCACCGUGGAGUUUGCGGACCUGCCGGCCCUGUUCGGGGUGCCCCUAGCCCCCGAAGGUGUGCGGGGCUACCUGACGGAGGCCAGACCGGCCAACGCAUGUCAUCCCAUCGAGGGCCCGCGGCCGGGCAACGGCUCCCUGGGUGGCAUCGUGCUGAUCCGCCGGUAUGAUUGCACGUUUGACCUCAAGGUGCUGCACGCCCAGCGGGCCGGCUUCCAGGCGGCCAUCGUGUACAACGUGCGCUCUGACGACCUGGUGCUCAUGGCCUAUGUCUACGAGGACCUGCGGCGCCAGAUCACCAUCCCCUCGGUGUUCGUGGGUGAGGCCACCUCCCAGGACCUGCGGGUCAUCGUGCGCUGCGAUAGAUUGGCCCACAUCCUCCUGCUGCCCGACCAGCCGGCCUGCCCGGACCUGGACUGCCACCCCAUGCUGGCCAUCUCCUGGGUGCUGGGCUGCACCCUGGCCCUGCUCAUGACCGCCUUCUUCGUCCUGUGGUAUCUAUGGAACUGGCUGUGGGCCUGGUGGGCCCGCGGGCCAGGGGUCAAGGCGUGGGCCAGCCAGAGGGCCCAGGUGAGCACUUUCACGAGGCUUCACGACCUGUGUGCCAUCUGCCUGGAUGAGUACGAGGAAGGUGACCAGCUCAAGAUCCUGCCCUGCUCCCAUACCUACCACUGCAAGUGCAUCAAGCCCUGGUUCUCCCAGCCCACCCGGCGCUCCUGCCCUGUGUGCAAGCAGUCGGUGGUCAGCACGGAGGACAGCUCUGACUCCACCGUCAGCAGCCAUGGGUACGAGGAGGACCCCUCGCUGCCUGGUCACCGCCCCCCGAUCUGGGCCAUCCAGACCCGGCUGCGCUUCCGGAGGCUGGAGCUGCUGACCCGAGCCAGCACCCCCCGCCGCGGGAGUGCCACCUCCGUGGGGGCACCUGAGACCAGUGAAUCCUUGGAGGGGCCUCCAGAACCCCUCUGAGGCCCGCUGCCCCUGGCUGGUGGAGAUUGGGGCGGGGAGGGUAGAAGUGAGGAGUGUUUCUAGAUAAUAAAGUGGGUUUGAAAGCAGAUUCUUGCCCUGGCUGCUGUGGGGCGGACCGGCCCCUCAUGCCACGCGUGUGGCAAGCUGAGCCUAAGGCUGGCUCCUGGCAUCUGUGGGCGAGUGAGGGUAUAUGGGGGCGGGCGGGGGGCGGUAUUCUCAGGGCUGCUGUGUGCAUCAUGUCCUUGGUGGUCCUGCGACGGGGCCCCUGUGCCUCCGUUCCAAUACUGGGCACGGGAGCGGCUGAUUUCUCAUAUGCUUAUGAUUCAUUUAAACCUUAAACAAAAGAUAAACUUGUUACUUUGGAAUAAUUUUAACUUUACAGAAAAGUUGCAAAGGUACUAGAGAUAGUUUCCAUGGACCCCUUGCCCAGCUUCUCCUGAGUGUUCAUGUCUUGCAUCAGCAUCGCACGUUUGAUUCAACCGAGAGAGCACCUUGGGUAGGUUACGAUGAACUGAACUAUGGAUUUAAUUUGAAUGUCCUCAGCAUUUCAGCUAUUUAUAGUGGAAAGUGUCAAACACACCCAAGUAGAAAGAAUGGAAUAAUGACCCUCCCCACAUGUACCCAUCACUCAGAUUCAAUGAUUAUCUACUGGCCACUCUGGUUUCCUCUAUUCUUCCUCCUCUCUCGCUAUUUUGAUGCAAAUCCCAGAUGCUUUUUCAUCUGUAAAUAUUUCCAUAGUCAGUGUCUCUAAAGCAGUAGUUCUCAGCUGGGGUGGGGAUGUUGUCCUCCCGGGGACACUGGGCAGUGUCUGGGGACAUCUGUGGUCGUCAUGACUGGGGUUGGCUCCUGGCAUCGAGGGCGUGGGACCAGGGAGGCUGCUCCCCACCCCACAGCGUCCAGGAUGGCCUCACCUCAGAGAAUGAUCUGGCCUUGCAGGUCCACAGUGCUGAGGGGAGAGACCCUGCUUUAUAAGAUAAGACCCCUUAAAAAAACUCCGCAAACUCCAGUAUCAUGUCCAGAAUAAUGAUUCCUAAAUAGCGUCAGGUAUCCACCUAGGGAGCACAUGGAAAUGUGCACGCUUACAAUAUACAAUUUUUGUAGGCUCUUUGAAUCAGGAUCUAGAUAGAGUCUACGGUUAUUGCUGAUGGUCUCCUAAGUCUCUGUUAAUCGAGAGCUUCUCUUGCCAUCUUUCUCUCUUAAAUUUUCCUUGCAAUUUGUUUAUGUGAGGCCACCAGGUCAUUCACCCUGCACAGAUGACCCGGAUCUGGGUUUUGCUGAUUGGGUGUCCCUGUGGUGUCAUUUCACAGAUGCCUCCGUCCCCCGUAGCUUCUGUUAAUUUGUAGUUGAAUUCAGAGACCAGCUCAGAUGUGGUUUAAUUUUAUGGCGGACAGAUAAGGUGUUUCUUCAGGUCCCAGUGCAUGCUCUUCUCAGAAGGGUUGGGCCAGUGAAGGGGGUCUUCUAGGCAAUGAAUGAGGGGCAGAUGCUAGGCUUGAGGCAAGCAUGAUCAGGAAGGUCCAGGAGGGAAUAUUGUAUAGAAUUUCUCAGAGGGCACAGUGUACGGGUGAUAGUGGGAUCUGGACCCGGUAGUCUGGUCUUGGUGAAUUCACGAGGGAAUGUUUAGUCAAAUGUCUUCUUUUUCACACACGGGAGUGUUUUUCACUUGUGCUUUGCGGUCUGUACUUCACUACAUAGCUGGGAACCUCCAAGGUAGUUCAGAGGAAGGGGGUCUCUUCUUGGAUGGAUGAUGGCAGAGUGGGCUGCUGGUCACAGCUCUGGUGUGUAUGGGGUGGGCAGGGGCACAGAGACGUGGGCAGAGGUCCUUGCACAGGAUGCUUGGGACAUGGUAAAGACCUCCCACCCAACUCUUGAGGGACUUUGCUCCCAGCCUGAUGGCCCUAAGGCCACAAAAGGAAGCUGCAUUAUUCAGAGAACACUGCCUUGGUCCCUGUGGAUGGCCCAAAUCUGCCGAGAGCUGUGGGAGGCCAGAGUUGCCAAGCAGGGACAGGCCUCUCUGUCCAGCAGGCAUGGGCUGGGAUGAGGAUGGAGAAGUGGAGACAGGGAGGAACGUGUGUAGCCGUCAAGCUUGCAGUUGGCCAUGGGAUCUGAGACCUGCCCAGAGCAGCUUAAGCACAGAGAGUUAUUUGCUCAUGAACUUGAGUAGUCAGUCCGGGGAUAGCAUGGAGGCUCCACGGUGUCCAGGGCCCAGGUUUCUUUUAUCUUAUUGUUCCACAUCCUUAGCAAGUGACCUUCUCCUCGUGGGACAAGGCAGCUGCUUGAGCUCUUGCCAUCACAUCUGCAUGCCAGUCAAUGAGGAGGAAGAGGUGAGGAAGGGCUCGCCCUCUCCCUUUAAGGACACUUCCCCAGAAAUCCCAUACACCACUUCUGCUCACACCCCAUUGGCCAGAACUUAGCCAUGUGGCCACACUUGCCUAAAAGGAUGCUGGGAAAUGUAGUCUUUAUUCUGAAUGGCCAACGGUCCAGCAGAAAACCAGGGGUUCUACUACCAUGGAAGAGAGAACAGAUAUUUGGGGUGGCCAGCAUGCCUGCCACUGGUCCACAAGAGCUGUCCAAUACAUGUUUGUUGAAUAAGUGAAUGAAUGAAUGACUGAAUGAAUGAAUCCCCACACCUCUAAGCCUGAGCAUCCUUCAAGGUCACAGGCACCACAGGGAGCAGGCACAUCCCGGUUCACCAGAGAGAUGACCUUUCUCAUGACCAUGCCAGCGGAGGGAAUGAGCUCCCCGUUACCAGGGACGAAACCCAGCUCUUACCGAGGCCCUCCUGUGCUCCAGGCCCCAGGCCACAUGGCUUCUUUCCACUAUUAAACCUCUCUGAGCCUCGGUUUUCCCAUCUGUAAUAUGGGGGCAGUAACAGCACCUGCCCUGCAGGGUUCCCCAAGCAUGCACAGUGCCUGACACUGUCAGUAUUUGUUGAUUGACUAAGUGACCUGCCCACAGCCCAGCUAUAAUAUUGGGUGAUCAGUGCUGUGAUGGGGGAAUCAUAGGCACUGUGUUAACCCAAAGGGAGGUGCCUGACCCAACCCAGAGAAUCUGGGAGGCUUGCUGCAGGCAGUGUCUUCUAGACUGAGAGCAGAAAGAGCAGGAAUCAGCACUGUGAAAAGGAAAAGUGAACCUGGCAGCUGGAAGGCAUGGGCAAAGACCCCAGGCAGCCUAGUCUGGCAUCCAGUGGGUGCUUAAUAAGUGUACACAGAGGUCCCUGCCCACAGUACCCUCUGAGACGAGGCCUCAGCAUCAUCCCAGACUCCUCAGUCCCCCCACAGCCAGGUCUGGCCCCUUCUCCAGCCGUCUCCGGGAAAGCCGGGCGCUGCUAAGGACGGCCAGCUUAGUGAGGCCAGCCUGUGCCAGCCCCAUCGGCCCCGCCUUGACUGCUGCUUUAGGUAAGCACCAGCAGAGGCUGCCUCUUGUCCAUCCAGGGCAUGCCCUGGCUGUGUUUGUCUAAGGGGGAGUAUGGCCAAAUGGGGAAACUGAGGCUCAGAGGACAGGGGACCAACCUCAGUGAUGGGGGUGGCCUCAAGGAUAACAGUAGCCACCAGCACGACUACGGAGCACACGCGGCAUGGCGGGUGCUGCGGCAUGGCGGGUGCUGCGCCAUGCUCUUUCCGGCACUGACUCCUUGCAUCCGGCGCCAGGUUCCUAUGCAUAUACCCAUUUUCCAGAGGAAGAAAUUGACUACGUGAAAGAGGAUGUAGCCUUCGCAGGGCCACACUCCUGCACCCGAGACAGUCCCCUCCACUUUUAAAUGGCUCUAACUUUGUUUUUUUAAUAUGUUUUUAAAAUUUAUUUUAUUUUAUUUUUGAUUGC